AGAAGCAGCAACACUGUGUGUUUUUGCCUUACUUGCUUCUCUGUGUAAAGGUGUGAUACUUCCGUUGUGUGUUUGAUUCCUUUCGAAAACCCAGCAACGUUUUGUGAUGUGAUUUAAGGUAACAGUGCAGUCGCUUCGUUCGUUCAACUAAAAGGCUAGAACCAUGAGUGGGGCCACACAAAGACCCGUCAGCAAGUUGCGCCGGCCUACGACGCUGACUGCAGCAGCUAGGGGCGCAGCAGGAGGACCUUCACCCCUGAGCAGUGGAGGGUCUGCAGGAGACACACCGCUGUCGGCUGCUUCUUCCAUUUCGAAUUUGGCAAAUGACGGAAAGUCUGAAUGCGGAGACCCGCUCAACGACGGUCUGGACGACUUCAUCAUCGGAGACCGCGUCUGGGUGAAUGGGACGCGCCCGGGCUACAUCCAGUACCUCGGUGAGACGCAGUUCGCACCGGGGGAUUGGGCCGGCGUCGUUCUGGACGAAGCCGUGGGCAAAAACGACGGCUCCGUGUCCGGAGUUCGCUAUUUUCAGUGCGAGCCGAAGCGGGGAGUCUUCGCGAGACUGGCCCGUCUCUCGCGCUUGCCACAGCCAGGUCUCAACGGGCGUACCACGACGUCGACUUUGGUCAGCCCUGGCAAGACACAGGUAACUACCAUGCGGGUGUCUUCGCCAACCGGCAGUACAAGGUCAUCACCGCGGGCCGUUACGAUGCAUACCCACACAACGACCACGGAUUGCGGGUUGCGCGUUGGAGAUCGCGUGGUUGUCAACGCGACCUCCGGCAUGAAGACUGGCACACUGCAGUUUCUUGGGCCGACAGAGUUUGCUCAGGGCCAGUGGGCCGGAGUAGAGCUGGACGAACCUGUUGGCAAAAAUGAUGGCUCGGUCGCUGGAAGGAGGUAUUUCUCCUGCCGACCGAAGUUUGGGUUGUUUGCACCCAUCCACAAGGUAGCCCGCGAGGGUGGCCACACCUCCACCACCACCACAACCACGACCCGCACCACGCGCAUCUCCUCGGCACCCCGGCGUGCAGGUAGCCAAGAGUCCCUGAGCAGUUCCCUGAGCUCGGCGUCGGGAGUCGCUCGAGCCAGGAAGUCUACUAAGCCACCGCCACAGAUGGUGGCUUCCUCCCAGAACGCUCUGCAGGUGGCCAUAAGGGAGAAAGAGGAACACAUUGAGCAGCUGCUAAAAGAAAGGGAUGCUGAACGGUCUGAAGUGGCGCGAGCAGCCGUCCAAGUUGAUGAGGCGGAGCAGAAACUGGCAGUUCUUCACGCAGAGCACCAGCGAUACGUGGACGAAAGCGAGCAACAUGCAGCCUCACUUCGUAAGCUUGUGGAUGAUCUGGAGAAAGAACGGACUGAUCUGUCUGCAGCAAACAGUGACUUGCAGAGAAAGCUUGAAGACUUGCAGUUUCGUUUGGAGGAAGAGGAGAUAUUACGAGCUGAUUUAGAAAGUGCAGCUGAAGUAGAGAGGAAAAAAUUGCAGGAUGUUGAAAAGACACUGCAGCAGUACAGAGCACAACUGCAGGGCGGAGCGUGUUCAACCGUGGAUACACCCACCAUCCCAGUUCCCACUGCUGAAGACAUUGCGAGGGACGAAUUGAUCUCAAGCCUACAGGAAGAACUUGCAGAGAAGAAGCAGAUACUUCUGCGCCUCGAAGUGACUCUUGAUGAACGUGCUAUAGAAUCACAAACCCUCAAAAAGCAGCUCCUUGAUUCGGAAGCAUCUCUAGAGGCCUUGAAGCGAGCUGAUGAGAAACAGAGAGAUGCUGUAGAAGAUCUCACCAGCAGAUUGUGUCGUCUGCAAACGGACUACGAGUUCCUUCGUGAAGAAUCUCAGAUUGUGAAGAGCGAAGCCUCAGAACAUCAAGAAAUGGCAGAAGCUGCAGAGAGACGAUGUAGAGACUUAGAAGAGCAGAAUAAGCAGCUGAAGAAAAUGGUGGAAGAUCAGGACAUGGGGGCAGUUAUAGCGCAGCUGAAUAGCAAUUUGGAAGAGAAGGAAAGGGUAAUAAAGGAACUAGAACAGAAUCUACGAGACCUGCGCCACGAGCACGACAGAGUAAAGGCUGCCCUAAUAAAAGAGACCGCAGAACAACUGGCAGCACAACGUGAACGACAUGAAGCAUCUUUGACUCUCUUGAAAAAUGAGGUAGAUAAGAAUACGGCUCACAGAAGUGAAACCUUGAAGGAGUUGGAAGGCCAACUGAAUGAACUGCAGUGCCAGAACAGCCAUCUUCGGGAGCAACUCAGCAUGAAGGCAGGAGUGGAGGAAGAUCUGCAGCGCCGAGAUGAAGCCUUGAAAAGGCUAGAAGCCCACUUGGUUGAAGUGCAACGUCACAGUAGUCAUCUUGAAGAACAGUUGAAGGAGAAGUCUGUAAUGGAGGAGCAUGUAAAGAGCCGAAAUGAGGCCUUGGAAAGGCUAGAGCCACAACUGGCGAAUUUGCAGCACCUGAACAGUGAACUCCAAGCACAGUUAGGCGAGAAAGCGGAGACAGAAAAAGAAAUUCAACGUCGAGAAAAUGCCAUCAAGGAGUUAGAGGCUGAAUUAACCAAGGUGCAAUCUCAGAAUGAGCAGCUGCAGGACAGUCUCAAUAAGGCAGAAGCUAAGCUGCAUGAAUACAAUGCUUUAUUAGCUGCAAACGACAAGGAAAGGAAGGAACAGCAUGCGAUAGCAACCGAAAGAGAGGCAGCUUUGAGGAGUGAGGUAAAUCGGCUCAGAGAGGAAUUUGCCAACCAUCGGAGCGCUCUCCUCGGUCAAAUGGAACAACAUAGGAUGGAUACCGACGGAAUAAAUCAGCUACGUAAUGACAUAGAGUCUCACCGUGAGGAACUGUCAGAGGAGGUGACUCGUACCCGUGAGGAAAACGAGAGUCUCCACCGCCAAGUCGCGGAGCUUGAGGCAGCGCAUAGUGCAGAAGUAAAAGCAAAAGAUGCAGAAAUACAGCAGCUGAAGGACAGGGAGUCAGCCUUGGCAAACACCGUCAACAUACUUCAGAGAGACCUCAGUCACCGAAGGAAUAGCAACGAGGAACAAAAUUUGGGAAGAACAAGCAAUGGGAACAGCGGCGAUCCAUCUUUCCACCACGACUACAAGGCCGUCAAGGACGAGAAGGACAGUCUUCAAAUGCAGGUGGACUUCCUUAACACUGUCAUUGUGGACAUGCAGCGUAAGAAUGAUGAACAGAGAGCACGUAUUGAGAUACUGGAGGCCGGACCAACAUUCAACGUUGACAUCAACUUGAAUGGCCGGCCAAAGGGCACAGCAGCACGACUGUUCUGCGACAUCUGCGACCGUUUCGACGUGCACGACACGGCGGACUGCCCAGUUCAGUCGGCGGACACGGAAUGUCGAUCUCGCCAGGGUUCCUUGCCUCGCCACCAUGUACGGCCCUACUGUGAGGUGUGCGAGAUGUUUGGCCAUUGGGGGGACCAGUGUGAUGUUAGUGAGACCUACUAGGAUUAUGACAUCAACAACAACAAGACCUAUCUCAGAGUGUUUUGCUCUUCGAAAAUGCUCCUUCGCAUCGUUGUCGUUUGUCGUGGAGUUACUUAGAAUGCAAUGUUCUCCUCCCAGAACAGUGCUAAAUGUAACGGUGCUUUCCUGUAUAUACUCUUAACAAAGGCGUGCACAGCUUUGUAGCAGUAUAAACCGUAGAGUUUUAAGGCGAAGCAAUUAAAACAUGCACGUGCUUGCGCAGUCAUGUACAUAUCAGCGUGUGCAUUGUAACCCGGGGAAGGGCGCCUUCCCCUGUACUUCACUGAACUGUGCCUUGUUUCCAAGUGCAGCUUCCGCAAGGUUCGUAGCUUUAGGUGUAGCCAUGGAAAUAUCCAGCCGUUGUUACCCAAGACUUUGUAAAGUUGUUGAUGUAUGUGGUUGACGAGAACAUAAUGAUAUACAUUGUUGGUCUUACUCAGUUUUAAAAUUGAAUUAUCCAUCAGCUGUAUUUAUGAAAAGACACGAAGAUAGCUUCGUUGGUUGCAGCAAGCAGUUUUAGUAUUUGAAUUUACCUAUAAAUAUAAAUAUAUGUUAAAUGUUGGAUGUAGUAUAUUGCUAUUUCUCAGGCAUUGGUUGGUUAUGAUGCAUGUUACGUGUUGUUUUGAAGUUGCAAAAAUUUGAAUUAGGUAUAAUAAAUAAUUUCAGGUUUCAAACAAGUUA